AUGUCGAGCAACGCAGCGCUCAUCGAGCGCAUAUCAGCUUUCGUAGCAAAACAUAUGGCGGGCCACGACCCCUCCCAUAAUGCCCGCCACGUCUCCCGCGUAGUCAGACUCGCGCAGACAAUCCUCGCCAAAGAGAAGACACGCAAUACCUCGAUUACAUAUGACGAAACAAUAGUCACUCUUGCAGCCUGGAUGCAUGAUAUAGCAGAUAGGAAGUAUCUUCCUAAACCAAGCGACGGCGGAGCACAGAUAAACCCCAACACCAUCAUUCACGAUACCCUGAUAUCUCACGAAGCAGACCCAAUCAUAGCUCAAAGGGUUCAGAAGAUUGUUUCAAACGUCUCCUACUCCACUGAAAUAAAGGACCCAAGCAUCGUUCGGCACCUAAUAAGCCCUGAAGGCGGAUAUCCCGAGCUCGCUAUCGUGCAGGAUGCGGAUCGUCUAGAUGCCAUCGGCGCGGUAGGAAUAGCGCGAUGCUUCACUUAUCUCGGUGCCAAAUCUAAAAGCCCAAGUGAGGAGGGCCCUGAGCCUGACCUGGAUGAUGCGAUUGAGCAUUUUGAAGAGAAGCUGGUUAAGCUGGAAGGCAUGAUGAAGACUGAGACUGGACGAGAGAUGGCCAAGGAGAGGGCUUUUCGGAUCAAGGAAUUUCAGCGCUGGUGGGCUGAGGAGACUACUUUCGAGAGUUGA